AUUUUUUGAAAGUGAAAACUAUAAAGCCUGAGGCUCCUUCAUUAGAUUCCAACAAAAUUCAUACUAACAUCUUCCAAGAAAGACAUUUGUGACUAAUCAUAACGAUGUCGAUAGAGAAAAAGGCGAUGCAGCGGAUCGAGAAGGAGUUCAAGGAUAUGACUUCGAAAGACUCCUUGUACAGCAUCGGUAGAGACUCGAACAAUUUGUUCAAAUGGAAUGCGAUGAUUCAAGGUCCAGAGGGUACUCCAUACGCCGGUGGCAUGUUUAGCAUCGAUAUUAAAUUUUCUAAAAAUUAUCCUUUUACAGCACCCAAGUUUACGUUCAAAACUCGGAUUUAUCAUCCAAAUAUCAAUUCCGAAGGAUCCAUAUGCCUUGACAUUCUUAAAGACAAGUGGUCUCCCCCUCUUACGGUUGAAAAGGUGCUUUUAUCCAUCACUUCAUUAUUGGCGGACCCAAACCCAGAUGAUCCUCUGGUGGGAGAAAUUGGAGAGCUCUUCAAUAGUAACAACUUUCUAUUUAACCAGAGAGCUCGAGAAUGGACUGAACGACAUGCUUAAAUAUUAAUAGCUGUUUUAAGAAAAGUAGUAGUUUUUAUGAAUAAAAAAUAAGAAGACUAAUAGCUGUUUUCUUUUUUCAAAUUAAUCAUACAAAUAGUUACCAACAGCUUUGAAUGAUAUGUUAUUGGGGACUUCUUAUAUAUUAUCAAAAGUUAUAGGCAUUUUAGAUU